ACCCCCUCUUUUGAGAUAAUUAUCUACCCCUCUCUUCAGGCUUGACUGUGUUGAGCUCAUUCCAGACUUUACUCUCGCAGCUCUGCUCUCUCUCUCUUCGAUCAUCGCACACCAUAAGUAGCAAGGAUGGGAAGGUCGUUCAAGCCUGUCGCAGCUGCUCUUCUGCUCUGCCUCCUGCUGCCUUUGGCUUUUGCCGCGCCCAAUGAUGGGCUGGUCAGGGUUGGGAUCAAGAAGAGAAAGCUCGAUCAGAACAACCGUGUUGCUGCCCAGCUGGGGUCUAAAGAAGGGGACUUGUUGAGUGCUUCCGUCAGGAAGUACCGGUUUCGUGACAAUUUGGGAGAUAGCGAGGAUGCCGACAUCGUGAUCCUGAAGAACUACAUGGAUGCUCAGUACUUUGGGGAGAUUGGUAUCGGCACUCCCGCACAGACUUUUACGGUGAUAUUCGACACGGGUAGUUCGAACCUGUGGGUGCCUUCUUCCAAGUGCUAUUUCUCGCUUGCUUGCUAUCUCCACCCCAGGUACAAGUCAAGUAAAUCAAGCACCUACAAGGAGAAUGGAAAAUCUGCUGCUAUCCAGUAUGGAACUGGAGCUAUUUCUGGCUUCUUCAGCGAGGAUAAUGUAAAAAUUGGUGAUAUUGUUGUCAUGGACGUGCAAUUUAUUGAAGCAUCAAAGGAGCCAGGAAUCACGUUCUUGGUGGCUAAAUUUGAUGGUAUACUCGGGCUUGGGUUUCAGGAGAUCUCUGUGGGAAAUGCCGUCCCUGUGUGGUAUGACAUGAUUGAACAAGGACUCAUCAAUGAGCCGGUUUUCUCGUUCUGGCUUAACCGCAAUGCCGAGGAGGAGCAAGGUGGUGAACUUGUUUUUGGUGGAGUGGAUCCUAACCACUUUGUGGGUGAGCACACAUAUGUGCCUGUGACUGAGAAAGGUUAUUGGCAGUUUGAUAUGGGUGAUGUUUUGGUUGGUGGAAAAUCUACCGGAUUCUGUUCCGGUGGCUGUGCAGCCAUUGCCGACUCUGGAACCUCUUUGUUAGCUGGACCAACGGCAAUUAUUACAGAAGUUAAUCAUGCCAUUGGUGCUACUGGGGUAGUCAGCCAAGAAUGCAAGCUUGUAGUUUCUGAAUAUGGAGAAACUAUAAUCCGUAUGCUUUUAGCAAGGGAUGAACCUCUAAAGAUCUGCUCUCAGAUUGGUUUAUGUGAGUUUGAUGGAUCACGAGGUGUUAGCAUGGGUAUUCGGAGUGUUGUGAAUGAGAACAUUGAGAAAGCAGUUCAUGCUACCAGUGAGGCAAUGUGCAGUGCUUGUGAGCUGGCAGUUGUAUGGAUGCAGAACACGCUUAAGCAGAAUGAAACACAGGAACAGAUACUCAACUAUGCAAAUGAUCUCUGCGAUCGAAUCCCAAGCCCAAUGGGUGAAUCAGUAGUUGAGUGUGCCGGCUUGUCUACCAUGCCUAAUGUUUCAUUUACUAUUGGUGGAAAGGUCUUUGAACUUACUCCGGAGGAGGUAAUUCUUUUUCUGUGCUUUGGUUUGGUGAUGAUUGCAUCUAUUAUGUCCUCAAAGUUGGUGAGGGGCCUGCUGCUCAGUGCAUUAGCGGAUUUACAGCACUCGAUGUCCCGCCACCACGUGGCCCUCUCUGGUAAGCUUCUUUCUACCUUCCCAUCAUGGAUCCUGGGUGAUGUGUUCAUGGGCCGUUACCACACCGUGUUUGACUACGGCAACCUCAGAAUUGGGUUUGCAGAAGCCGCGUAGUUGGACUGUUUCUCUAAUGUUCUGCUGGUUCAGCUCCGGUGCCGGCGUGGUAUCUUUUAUUAUUCUCUCCUGAUGUGGUGACACACUGUAUCAGUAUAACUUUCCCUGUGAGUGCCACAUGCUUGUAUAUAGUUGUGUCUCGCCGGAAGUCUGAGAAGUAUGUUUGUUGUGGAACUGCAAUAUGCAGGACUGUGUAACGCCUUGAACACAGACUAAAAUGUUGUUGUGCACUCUCGUAAGGUAUUAUUUUGGGAGAGCGAAUGGUAUACUAUGCACACAAAUUUGGCGAGGCCUAUCUUCUUGCCUGUUAUUUAUGUGAUGUAAAUGCAACUAGUUGAGUAAGUGGUCGUUUGGAAGUUGAGAAUGUUAAAUCGUUGCAUUGUAAUGAAUCACCAUAAUAUAAAUGCAUGUAUUGAUACAAUAUAUGCAUUUUAACAAUACAUUGUUUGGUUGUUGAGAUUCUACUUAAUGCAUUGAUUUACAUAAAGUUACUUUUAUGGGUGAAAUGUCAC